AACUACAAGGACACCCUGCAGAGCCAGGUUCUGAAGUCUGCCGGGAGGCAGCAGAACCCGGUGAAGUUUGGAGCGGACCUGUCAGAGGAGGACCUCAAACACUUUCAGGAUGAACAGAUCGGACAGCUGUAUGAACUCAUGCUGGAAUCCACCAAAGCCAACAAACAGUUUGACAUCCAGGACGACAACAAUUAAAGAUGUGCUCAGACCAAAGAGAAACAGGAAAUACAACUAAUUCAGAUUACUAAUAUAUUAUGUGACUGCCUGAUACGAGAAAAGCUGUUUAAAMUCUAAGAGAGGCUUUUAGGCCCAUUUAAAAAUGUUAAAGUGCUGUGUAACAGUUCUGUUCCUUAGUUCAUCUCAUUUACUGCCAAAAUAAAAAGGUUCGUCCCGAUCCUCCACAGGUGCAUUAGGAGAGCACUAACUGAUUCAUCUGUCAACUUUUCUUUUCCUUUUGUUUGUGUCAGCUUGGCAGAAAAUCCCAAAGUUCCCAUCAGCUAAUCCUUCAGUGAGACCCGGCAGCAUCCAUCUGUUUUAUGAUACAGAAAGGUUCCCUCAGAGUCCAGUUCUCCAGAGACUCAUCAGUCCUGUUCAUCUGAAGUUUAACUCCUGAUGAUGUCUCCUGAAAAAACAUUUAUUGUCCUCUGAUAUUUAUUUUCCUUCCAUCACUGACAAUCACUGACAGCUGAUUUAUUUGGAUCUCAUGUGAAUCAGGAUUAUUUCUUGUUCAAGUUCUUAGUUAAUGUAUUUUUGUAGCUUUUACAGGUGGCAUGUCUCUGAUGUGCACUGUUCGUUUACUCAAAUCAACAACAACAACAGACAGAACUGAGUCAUUGAGUGCAUUUUUAUUUUGAGUCGUCCCAUUUUCUACGUAUAAAAAUGAUUGGUCUUUUAAUUAAGGUGAUUGUUGAUUCAAGAUUCUUCCCUAAUAUAUGUCACUGGAAUUCUCAAACAAUAAAAUCCUUUAAAUUAG